AUGUCUAAACCAACUCUUCAAUCGUUACGUUCAGCUUCUGCUCUUCAGCCAUUCCGACCUGUUCUUCGACGAAGCUUCAUAACUUUGCCCGGCACAGAGACCCAGAAGUUAACAGCCACAAGGAUAUUACCCUACAAGUCAUCGAGUCUCUAUACCAUCAUUGCAGACGUCGAUAGUUAUUCCAAUUUUCUACCGUACUGCAUCGAAUCGAAAGUGACCAAAUGGUCUUCACCAGACAAGAAUGGCAAGCGCUGGCCAUCUGAGGCAGACCUAAAGGUUGGAUGGGGUGGAUAUGAAGAAAUUUUCACAUCGAGGCUCUUAUGCGCCCCAGGGUCAACUGUUGAAGCUCUCGGUGGUGAAGCGCGAACAUCUCUUCCAAAAGCAGACAUUGAACACCAUUCUGCAACAUUCAACUCUCCCGCAGUCGCAAACAACAUCUUUCAAUCGCUGAGUACAGUAUGGACAGUCAAACCGUUUCACUACAAGCCACCCUCAGGUCGACCGCAGACAGAUAAUGCAGUACUUCCAGCUCAGGAACAAACAGAGGUUCAUUUGGAAAUCGAUUUCCAGUUCUCGAAUCCGAUAUAUGCGGCAUUGAGCAAGGCUGUUGCGCCUAAGGUUGCUGGCAUCAUGAUUGAAGCCUUUGAGGUUCGGGCAAGGAAGAUUUUAGAUGGGCCGGGAGCUAUUGUGAAAGAGAAGGAUACGAUGGAUAAUGUGUUGAGUGCCGGGAAGAAGAUUGGAGUUUGA